CGGCCUACCGGGGAACUGCCUUGCUCAGGGGCAGAACGACAGAUGUUUACCUUCAGCUCGGUGAUUUGAUCCCGUAAAAUGCUUGGCCCCCCGCUGACACUCUUGAGUCAAGGAAAUUUUUGGUUCCGACAACCAAUCAUAUCGCCGUCUGUAUAACCAAUAAUUUCACUCGCCAACCAAUCCGAGAGGCCAGUGCAACCAACCAGUAACCAAUAAUUCACCAAUGAGGAUAGAGCUAUGGCGGGACCUUUAAACUCUCUCCAAGAGGACCAUGGAAAAUAUAUAUUUUCUUUUAGGUAAUUUUAUUCGCGAAUUAUGUUUAUUUUCUGAAGUAACGUUAGCUACAUUUUUUUUGUUUGAGUUUUCAUUGAUCAUCAUCAUAAUCGAUCGGAAUAUCUAGCAGGAUUUCAGGGAGAGAUGUAUGCCUUCCCAAGGGAUGGCAAAGCAUUUUGCCUGAUGUGGAUCAUAAGUGGAUGACCAAGGCGUUGUUCAGGUGGUCGGGGAAUGGGAUUCCAGAGAUGGACUUUGCCAGGGUUGACAAAAUGUGGUGGGACUGCCCUCCACCACCAUCUGCAGCUCAGUAGAGAUGGAAAGAUACUUUGCCGAUCCUCUGUUGCUCUGGAUGCCCAGGAAGCUCUGGCAGCUGAUAGGUUUGAAGUACCUCUUUGAUCAGACUGGUUUGGUGCUGCAGGAUCACAAGGCUGCCAUUGAGGAACUGGAGACAGGUGAUCCUGAUGUCCAAGGGGAGGAUGAUGAGGGCUUUGUGGAGCUUGUGGAAUAUCAGGACCUGACAGUUCCUGGGCUGGAGACAGCCCUGCCUCUUGUUGGCACCUGUCGUCGUACUCCCACCCCCUCUACCAGCAUCCAGUCCACAGCUGCAUCAGUCAGUCCCCUGUCCUCCUCUCCUGUACGGGCUACUCCACCACCUGGGCCUCUGUCCUCCACACUUGGGCUCGUCCUUCCCCUGUCCUACGUUCCUGUACGGGCUACUCCACCACCUGGGCCUCUGUCCUCCACACUUGGGCUCGUCCUUCCCCUGUCCUAUGUUCCUGUUCGGGCUACUCCACCACCUGGGCCUCUGUCCUCCACACUUGGGCUCGUCCUUCCGCUGUCCUAUGUUCCUGUACGGGCUACUCCACCACCUGGGCCUCUGUCCUCCACACUUGGGCUCGUCCUUCCCCUGUCCUACGUUCCUGUUCGGCUACUCCACCACCUGGGCCUCUGUCCUCCACACUUGGGCUCGUCCUACCCCUGUCCUAUGUUCCUGUACAGGCUACUCCACCACCUGGGCCCCUGUCCUCCACACUUGGGCUCGUCCUACCCCUGUCCUAUGUUCCUGUUCGGGCUACUCCACCACCUGGGCCUCUGUCCUCCACACUUGGCUCGUCAUUCCCCUGUCCUACGUUCGUGUUCAGGCUAACAUUACGCCUUAGUCCAUGUACCAUGAAUAUUCUUUUUAAAGCGUGAAUUGGCUCUGGCAGUCAAAACAGCCAAAUACUCCAUCUAAAGUAUUGGGAUAGUAUAAUGUUUUGUUGUUUCGGCUCUGUACUCCAGCACUUUAGAUUUGCAAUGAUACAAAGUGCAGACUGUCGGCUUUAAUUUGAGGGUAUUUUCAUCCAUAUUACAGCACUUUUUAUUAUAGUACUUUUUGUACAUAGUCCCCCCCCAUUUAAGAGGACCCAAAAGUAUUGGGAUAAAUGAACUUAUGUGUAUUAAAGUAGUCAAAAGUUUAGUAUUUGGUCCGUUAUUCCUAGCACACAAUGAUUACAUCAAGCUUGUGACUCUACAAACAUUUGCUGUUUGUUUUGGUUGUGUUUCAGAUUAUUUU